AUGUACCAGCGAGAACACACAGCCAACAUCACCACCAGCCCGAAGUCAUACCCUCAGCAAAGUCCGGCCAAGCCGCAAAACAUCAUCACGUUCGAUUGCAGGGGCCUAGAGUUCGUGGAGUUCAAGGCUGACGGUGCUUGGAAGGCUACUGGAACGGAGUCUGGAACCAAGUUCUCUGACAUCGAUCUCACAGAAGGCGAGUGGUUUGACUACGAUGAGAAGGCCAGUGAGGAGUUGACGAAGAUCGACGACAGCAAGCUAUUAUCCCCUGAGGACGAUACGAUAGAUAUGAAUGACCAUGACCAAUCGUAG